AUUUUGGUUUCAAAGAAAUGACAUAAAAGCAACAACCAAAGAAUACAUAACCGAUAACCAAUAACCAAAAAGUAUUGGUACAUAAAUACUUUGGGUAUUGUACCAACAUCGCUCUGACGGAGAAAUCCAAAAGAUUCCAAAAAAUAAAUAAAUAAAAGAUUACAGGCAGCUAACAUGUCAUUGGGGGCAAUGCAUUGCACCCGAUGUGCAGAUGGUUUUGAACCAAAUGAGAAAAUAGUCAAUUCCAAUGGUGAAUUAUGGCACACCCAAUGUUUUGUAUGUGCCCAGUGCUUCCGGCCUUUUGAAGAUGGCAUUUUUUACGAAUUCGAGGGACGCAAAUAUUGUGAACGUGAUUUCCAUGUUCUGUUUGCACCCUGUUGCAAUAAAUGCGGCGAAUUCGUUAUUGGUCGCGUAAUUAAGGCCAUGUCGGCCAGUUGGCAUCCAGAGUGCUUCCGUUGCCAGUUGUGUUCCAAAGAAUUGGCCGAUUCUGGUUUUAUACGCAAUCAAAAUCGUGCCUUAUGUCACGAGUGCAAUGCCAAGGUUAAGGCUGAAAUCACUGGUCGUUAUGUGUGCCAAAAAUGCCACGGCCUGAUUGAUGAUGAACCACUGCGUUUCCGUGGUGAAGUAUAUCACGGAUAUCAUUUCAAUUGUACGGCCUGUGGCCAAGAAUUGGAUUCAACAGCCAGAGAAGUUAAAAGUCGUCCAGGUUUGGCAGCUAAUGAUAUGAAUGAAUUGUAUUGCCUACGUUGUCAUGAUAAAAUGGGCAUACCCAUUUGUGGCGCUUGCCGCCGUCCAAUCGAAGAGCGCGUUGUUACAGCGCUGGGCAAACAUUGGCACGUCGAGCAUUUCGUUUGUGCCAAAUGUGAGAAACCCUUUUUGGGACAUCGUCACUACGAGAAACGUGGCCUGGCAUACUGUGAAACUCAUUAUCAUCAAUUGUUUGGCAAUUUGUGUUUUGUAUGCAAUCAAGUGAUUGCAGGAGAUGUUUUUACGGCCUUGAAUAAAGCCUGGUGUGUUCAUCAUUUCGCCUGCUCGGUGUGCGAUAUGAAAAUGACACAAAAGUCAAAAUUCUAUGAAUACGACGAGAAGCCAGUGUGUAAGAAAUGUUACGAACGUUUCCCGAGUGAGUUGAGAAAACGUUUGCGCACCGCUCACGAAAUGACCAUGAGCAAGAAAAUGUAAAGGGGAGUUAAAAUGGGCUACCUUAAAAGCAAAGCAUAGAAAGGAAGCUACAACAAUUUUAUAACAAAAACAGUAACAUAAAAAACUAGUGCCUUAAACAAAAUACAAAACAAGCUGGAAUCUUUACAGUCACAGUCAGUUUAUACAAAAUGCACCUGAGUGUGGAAAAGGGCCUCCAUUAUAAAAUUUUUUUUGUAUAGUUUUAUUUACAAGCUACUAGUUUUAUACACACAAAGAGGGUAAUAUAAAAUAAACAGCCAAUCAACACAUGAAGUCAACAACAAAGCCAAUGCGAAUAUUUAGUUGUUUUAAACUAACAAUUUUGUAGAGGUUUUCAAUUUUUACAAAUAUUUUGUUUAAUGCAAAGGACUAUGUAAGCCAUACAUAUAAAACAUUAUUAUACAGAUUUACAAAGCAUAUAAUAAUUUAAACACAACAGCACAAACUAAAAAGAAAAACUAAUACUAAAAGUAAAUGUGUGUGUGUCUUGAACGUACAAUAAAACCAUAGAUAAAUUAAUUUUAUUAAAACAAAUUAAUAAUAUAAAAUAUUCAAAGCAAUUACAUUUAUACUUUUUAAUAAAACCAAUUUUUCAAGAAAAUUACAUUUUUAUUAUUGUAAAUUAUAUUUAUUUUCUUCUUUAAAUCCAUUAUAUGUUUGUCUCCUCCUCCAAUUAUUCUUGUCUUUUUGUAUUGUGUUCUUUCUUUUAAGCAGCUAAAACACUGAAUGUAUUCUUAUUUGAGUCAUAUUUUAACCAUUUCGUUUAUUUAAAACUAUUUGUAUUUAAUUUCAAUUACAAUAAAAAAUGUCUCGAAAACCCAAAACCAACACAA